AUGGCGCCGCAACCUCAUCCCCUGUCCGCUCUCUCGAUCGAGGAGUCGGCGAUCGCGCGCGACGUGGUUCGCUCGCUCAACCCGGGGUCCGUCAUCGUCUUUCGGCAGAUCUUCCUGUACGAGCCCCCCAAGGCGCAGGUGAGCGCAUUCCUCGAGCUCGAGCAUGCGGGGAAGGUCACCGAUGCGACUCCGCGACCUCCACGCUUGGCCCAAGUCUGGUUUGAUGUUGCCGAGCGUGAUGCUCCCGCAAAGUUUGCCGAGUCGGUCGUCGACCUCAAGACGAAGAAGGUUGUCUCCACCAGGACGACCUUGCCUGGACAGCACGCGUCGUUGAUCAUUCGGGAUUGCAACUUGCUGACACUGCCCCACUCUGAAAGUGACGAGAUUCGGGAGGUUCCACUUGCGUGCGAGAGGUCGGACCUCUUCAAAUCCAAGAUUGCGGAAUUUAAGCUCCCGGAAGGCUUCGAAGCCGUGGUUGAGCCGUGGCCGUACGGAGCUGCUGAUCCCAACGAUGACGGCAGACGCCUGUUCCAGGGCAUCGUGUACGCCGUCAACAGGAAGGUUGGCGGGAAGGACUCCAACUUCUACGCAUAUCCCAUCCCAUUGAUCCCCAUCAUGGAUGCCCAGACAAAGGAGAUUGUCCGUGUAUUGGAAGUCGCCACGGGCGGUGGAGACGACCCUCUGGAUGCGAAGACCUGCUCCGAGAACAUCAUCGACCACUGCAAGCCUGCAGAGUACGUGCCUGAGAAGUUGCCGCAAGGCAUCAGGGACGAUCUGAAGCCCCUUGCGGUGGUUCAGCCUGAGGGCGCCAGUUUCUCAGUUGUUGACGGCAACCGCAUCGAGUGGCAGAAGUGGACGAUGCGCCUCACCUUCAACCCAAGGGAAGGAGCUGUGCUACAUGAUAUCCGAUAUGACGGACGCAGCGUCGUCUACAGACUCAGCAUGAGCGACAUGACUGUACCUUACGCAGAUCCGCGUUCACCAUACCAGCGAAAGCAGGCUUUCGAUUUUGGAGACGGUAAUGCAGUGCACCCUGCUGCUUUGAACUCACGGUUUGUGACGAGUGCUAACCUCGGGAAGUAUUUCGAUGGCCUUCUGACCGAGCCCAAUGGCGACGUCACAGAGAGCAAGAACGUCAUUUGCCUUCAUGAACAAGACAAUGGUAUCGGCUGGAAGCACACAGACUGGAGGACCGGUCGUGCUGUCGUCACUCGGCGACGUGAGCUUGUGGUUCAGUACAUCAUCACCCUGGCCAACUACGAGUACAUCUUCAACUUCAAAUUCGACCAGUCAGCGGGUAUUACCCUUGAGACCCGCGCUACCGGCAUCGUGUCUGUUGUCAAUAUCGACCCUGACAAGACAGCCCCCUGGGGUAACAUCGUCAGCCCCGGAGCAUUGGCCCAGAACCACCAGCACGUCUUUGUGGCAAGGAUUGAUCCAGCUAUCGACGGGCACUCAAAUACGGUCAUCUACGAAGAGAGCACGCCCGUUCCGAUGAAUGCUAGGACAAAUCCUCGUGGUAAUUAUUACGAAGUCAAGCAGACGGUGGUCAAGACUUCAACUGGUAUCGACCUGGCGCCCGAGAAGAACCGCACGUUCAAGAUCCAGAACCGCUCCAAGAUCAACCCUAUAUCAAAGAAACCAGUCGGCUACAAGCUGGUCAUGCCUGCCACGCAGUUGCUCCUCGCCGACCCGAACAGUGUGCAGUCCAAGAGAGCCGAGUUUGCGCACCACCACCUGUGGGUGACCAAGUACGAAGAGGAUGAGCACUACGCUGGUGGAAGGUAUCCCAUGCAGGGUAAAGCAGAGAUUGGCGGCGUUGCUGAUGCGGUGUUCCGCUACGACAACGUCGAGGACGAGGAUCUGGUGCUCUGGCCUGUAUAUGGACUGACUCACAACCCCCGAGUCGAGGACUGGCCAGUAAUGUAA